ACUGGAAAAUUUAAACAAGUUCCAAAAGCAUUGUAUCGGCGACGCCUUUGUUUAUUUGCACAUUGCCCAUCUAAUCCUAUUUCAAGCUUGUCAAAAUCUCGGGCUCCUCGACAAUGGAUGAUAACACAACAGUUCAUCCUGACAGCCUGGUGUCUUUCAAUCUUGGGUAUUUCCCUCUUGAACUUCGACAGCACGUCUGGGAAACGGUCGCCGAUAAUGCUGUAGACGAGUUCUAUUGCCGACAUCCCGAAUACCAGUGCAUCUGGACCAUUUCUCACAAACCACCAUAUCUUAAAUAUAGAUCAUACACUAUGAGACGCCAACUCCAGAACGAGAACGAGGACGAGAAUGUGAGCUUUACCUUUAAAGAGAACGAUCCCGAUCCUCUUGUCUUCCAGGACCUACGUGAAAUAUUCUGGCCGUUAUUCCGAAUCAACAAGGAGAGCCACGCAGUAGCAACCCAGUACCUCAGCAAGUUCCAUAUGCGCAAAGCGCGACCCCAGCUUGUCAUCAACUUCGGGGAUUUACUCUAUCUGGGACUGUAUUCGCUUGAUAAGAUCAUCCGAUUCUCGAGACGUUCCGACGAGGAAUUGAAGUCGCAAGUCGCGGGCGGCCCCGGCAUGGUGUUCCCCAAGGUCAUCCAGGACAACUACGAGAGGCAGCUGGAGGAAGUCUGCUCGGUGAUGAACGUCACGCUCACGGGCGCCCUGUUCGUCUCCUUCCCGGCCAACCUCGCGCGCCAGAACAUGCUGCUGCGGUUCAGGAACCUCCGGAGGAUCUACGUCGACGUGGAGGACCCGCACCACAACUAUUACUUCGGCGGCGUCGCCGACGUCCGCGUGGCCAGGUUCCUCGAGAUGAGCGAGAUCCGCGGCGGGAAGUGCGCGAUGAAGUACGCCGACUACGACACCUUCGAGCAGGCGUACGUCAAAGAGUGCCUGGCGUUCGGCGGGGGGGGAAACAGCAGAGUGCGCCGCCCGGCCGAGAGGGCCGAGAGGUCGUGGAGAUCGAUGAAGGCCUGGGAGAAGAUCGCCUUGGACGGCUUCCUCGCCGUCGUGGAUAAGUUCACCCGAAAGGGCAUCGAGUGCGUCGUCGUCUGCAGAUGCUGGAACGAGAGUGUUAACGUCUACCACUACGCUGCCACACUCCUGGAACCUUGAUGCUUCGGUUGCCUCGGUGGUAAAGACACCAGUUCUACUGACGGGGGAUAUUCCAAGGC